UUUGUCAAAAUGGCUGCCCCCGUGGUAACCACAUGGCGUAUUUCAUCAUCCGAGUCAUGUCCAUGUGUUAACCGUAUUGUGUCUGGUUUAUUUACACGAGUCACAUUCCACGUGAUAGUCGGUCUAAUUAAUUACUUAUUUAAUUAAAUAGUGUUUUUAUUGUGUAUAUAAUUUAAUAUUUAAUAUUUUAGUGUCUUAUUCAUUUUAAAAAAAUGUCGCCAAAAUGUCCAAAAUGCGGAUGUACAGAGCUGGACACAGAUCCAUCCCGUGGAGACACAGUCUGUACCAACUGCGGGCUGGUAACAGAAGACCAGAUGCUAGUGAACGAAGUAGAGUUCACCCAAACAGCCUCAGGCCAAUCCGAAGCAGUCGGUCAGUUCCUCGGUACAGACAUGAGAGCUCCAAGAGUUGGCCAGCUCCACGGGCAAUCAUCGCGAGAGCUAACUGUGUACAGAGCGCGAAAGGACAUCGCGCAUCUCUGCAAGCAGCUGAGCAUGUCUGGUCAUCAAGUGGAGCUAGCUACGAAUUUUUACAAGCAAGUCCUCCACCGGAACCUGACCCGGGGUCGGAAGCAGGUCUUGACCUACGCGGGUUGCAUUUACUUGACCUGCAGAAUCGAGAAAACUCCCCACCUGCUGAUCGACAUCAGCGACAUCACCCAGAUCGACGUCUACGAAUUGGGCAGAACGUACCUGCACUUCGUGAAAGCUCUGUACCUGGAGAACUCCGUGGACGGAGCGAUUAGCAUCGACUCUGAAGACGGCGGCAAUGAAUGCAUCAAAGCAGUGGAUCCUUGCUUGUAUGUGAUGCGAUUCGCGGAGAAACUUGAGUUCGGGACCGAGAAGAUGAAGGUAGUGAAAACUGCGCUCAGGCUCGUGGCCAGGAUGAAGAAGGACAAUAUUCACACCGGGAGAAGACCUUCAGGAAUUUGUGGGGCUGCUUUGCUGAUUGCGGCUCGCAUGCAUGACUUUAAUAGGACUGUUGGGGAUAUCAUUAAGGUGGUCAAGAUUCAUGAGUCGACUUUGAGGAAGAGGUUGCUGGAGUUUGGAGAAACUUCGGCUAGUGCCUUGACUCUGGAUGACUUUGAUUCCAUUGAUUUCGCGGAGGAAGAAGACCCCCCGGCGUUCAAAGCUGCGAGGAAGGCGGAAGAGAGCUUGAGGGAGGCUGAUUUCAUGGAGAUCGGAGGGGAGUUCACUGAUCUUCAGAAGGAAAUUGAUAAAUACUUAAGCGAACAACAGCAACGAUCAAAAAAGCGUUCAUUGGGCAUCAUGUUGGGCACCGAUUACGAAGAAGACGCCGAGGUGGACCGCUUUAUCGAAAGUACCACCCGCGAAAUAGCGGAAAAUUUCGUUGAAGAACGUGGAUUGGGCCCCGACAUUUCUUCUAUGGGCCUCCCGAACAAUUUCUUUGACCGCCGGGUGGUCAAAGAAGGGAGCAGGUUUGAAAAAUACAACAACGAGUCGGGAGAAAUCGACCUUGAGGGGCUGGACGACGAAGAACUGGACGAGUAUAUUCUAAAAGAUGCGGACGUGGUGAAGAAGACUGAACUGUGGACUGUUUGCAACGCCGAGUACCUGGAGCUCCAGAGGAAGAAAGAGGAGCAAAGGCUGAAGGACGAAGAAGAGGGAAAGCCGCCACCAAAGAAGCGGAGGGUCCCCAGGAAGAAGGAGCCCGCUAAUUCCGCGGGGGAGGCUCUGGAGAACCUUAUUAAGGAGAAGAAACUGUCAAAGAAACUCAAUUAUGACGUCAUUGAGCAAUUGAAGGGAGAGACUAGCAUCAGCUUUGGGAGCAAAAAAUCUAUUGGGAAUAAUUAUGGAUCUGUUGGAUUUGGUGCAGAAGGGGAAGAAGAAGAUGAUUAUCAAGAAGAAGAUUAUCCAGAGGAAGAUGAAACUGAAGUUGAGCCUAGUCAGGCGAAUGGUGAUCAUGAUCAAGAAGAUGAAGUUCAAGAAAAAGAAGCGGAGGAGGAAAAUGAUUAUAAUUAUGAAGGUAAUGGUGAUGAUUAUGACGACUAUGAUGAUGAAGAAGAUGAUACGCCACAGUGGAAGAAAAUGCUGAAGAAAAUUGAAGGCGAUGAUGGUGAUGAAGCAGGUUAUGAUGAGGAAGACUAUGAAGAGUAUUGAUUAAGCUUAAGCUGGUUAGGAUUCAUUUUUAGGGAGCUUGUUGAUAAUAAUGCUUGUUGAGUUUUUGUUACUUUGGAGUUCAUGUCGCAAAUUAAGCUAAUAUUUAUUUUUGUUGCUAAGCAGUGAUUAAGUUUUAGUUUGGAAUUUAAGCUGUUGAAAAACUAUGUUCUCUGGAAUAUUUUUUUAUUAUGAUUGUAAAUGUUCUCGUUUGAGGGCGAAUGAAUUUGUUGUUAUUAAGCUUGUUGAAAGUGAGCGAAUAAAAUGUUGAUGAAUAAAAUA